AUGGGCGAUCGUGCGGCAGAAGUACUGCAGGCGUUGGCCGCUGCAGCGCCGCCGAAAGCUUGGGCACCCGUGAUGCGCACACUCGGGAACGGCUUGUGCACGAGACGUUUGAUGGGGCAGAUCGGCGGUAUUGGGUUCAGUUUCAGCUGCGCCUGGGAAGACGCUUCAAGCGAGAUCUACGUUUGCUGCCCUGGUGUCGCCGAUUUUGCUCGUCGGCUUUUAGGACCGCCGUUUGCCCUGACCCCGCCAGACCAGCUGCUCGACUUCUUGCUGCUCGACCAGUGCCAGGCAGCCGCACCACCCCAAAUCUGA